GCCCUCUGGGACUGGUUGAUCAUCGAAGCGUUCCACAACCGCAGUUCUUGCGCAUCUGAGGUCAAUGCUUGUCUGAUUGCCCCCAUGCCCCCCACAACUGCGGUUGCAGUCCUUCUUUUAAUGUUGAUACAUACCCUCGUCCCUGCCCCUGGCGUUCCUUUCCAAGGCCUCAACCAACCUUCGUCUCGUCUGCUGGGCACGACAGAUGCCACUCGUUUCCCAGAUUACAUCUCCUCUGUGAGUUGAGGUGUUUCCGGUCGUUAUGAUGGACUUCACGGGUACCGGUGGGGAUCUGGAGAAAGAGUUGAGAAUCGGAAUAUCUCCAUUGGGAGACGGUGAAAGCAUGAGGGAGAUUAAGAGAGGACCGAACAUGGCCGUUCCACCAACCCCUCCAGCAAAGGACUUGCCUCCACCGCCGGCGCUGUUAAGGCUGGACCCCUCAACUCCUCUGGGUAGCCCAUCCGAACCGCCAAAUAGACCACUGCCACCGAGACCGACGGCAAAACCGCAAACUCCCAAGGUCCCGCAGCCGUCAAGGUCACCACCAUCCAGGCCACAAGCACCGCUCGGUAUGAACCCGCCAACUCGGCCGGGGACGGCGGCCAGCCAGACCACAGGGACAACAAUCUCUGACAAAUAUCCCGUGUCGUCAAAGCGGCUCUCCUGGAUAUCGGAUGGCUCGAAAAGACCUAUCAAAUACGGCCAGGGAAAAUACGGCCGUGUCGAGCUGGUACCACAACCGAGCGACGAUUCGGAUGAUCCUCUGAACUGGUCUCGAUGGAGGAAGGAGCUCAACUUUUACUCGCUGUUGAUGAUGGUUGCCAUGUCCGGCGUUACGAAAACGAUGUUUAUGACAGUUAAUGCCCAGCUCGCUCAGACAUACCAAGUUUCUUAUACGGCUGUUGCCGCUUUAACUGGCGUUCCCCUUAUUCUUUCGGCCUUCUCUGGCAUGGCUUGCCUGGUGGCCUCCAGGAUAUGUGGGAAACGGCCGCUUUACCUAGCCUCUUUGCUGCUUAUGUUUAUUGGGACGGUCUGGAGUACCAACGUUGCAAGCAGCUACGGUCAGUGCAUGGCUGCUAGGAUAUUCCAGGGGUUGGGUUGGGGUGCUUUUGACACCCUCGUUCUGGGGUCGAUCCAGGACACUUACUUUGAACAUGAACGUGGCCUUCGCAUCGCCAUACACUCCAUCGUUGCCGUAACGACAACCUGGGGUCCCCCGUUGAUCGGCGGCGUCGCUUCUCAGGGCUCGGUCGGCUUCAGCCUGCAACCCACGAUCCUAAGCGCCUUCUUUGUCGUUUCGGUACCAGCCAUUGCCCUCGGGGCCCCAGAAACGACCUUUGACCGAGCCCUGGCAUUCCCAGAAACACCCGCCACGGCCACGAGCCAAUUCAAAACUUCCCCGCCGCUCACACCACUCCGCCUUCCAUCACUCGAAACCGUUACCGACUAUGUCGUCAAGCUCAAGCCCUACGCUUACCGCAGCUCUGCCGAUCUCACCAUCCUCCUCCAAGCUCCGCGAGCCUUCAUCACACCCACAUCGGCUCUUCUUGCGAUCGUCUCGAUCCUCCCUCAUGCCUCCCUCUGGGGCCUCGCCGCCUCCAUCUCCCUGCUCUUCUCCCCCCUCCCCUUCGCUCUCAACUCAGGAACCAUCGGCACCCUCUUCCUCGCCCCAUUCCUCCUCUCAGCCGUCGCCGUCGCGCUCCCAGCCCUCACACCGCGCUGGCAAACCCACUUCACCCCGAAAGUCCACAUGGCAGCCCUCGCAACGGGCACCGCCCUCGCCUUCAUCGGCAUCCUCACCUUCGGCCUACACCUCAACGACGCCAUGACCCCCCCACAAACCACCACCACAACCCCCGUCACCAACACCAACAACGCCCCCGCCCCCGCCCCCGCCCCCCCAAUCUCCGUCUUCGCCCUCGACUACCUCGCCCCGCGCGCCAGCCUCCCCGCCGUCUCCUUCGUGCUCGGCCUGCUCGCCGCCGGCGCCGCCCUCCUCGACGCCACCGCGCCCCCGCUCAUCCGCGCCAGCACCGCCUUCACCGGCUCCAGCCUCGCCGCCGCCACCCGCAGCACCGCCGACAUGAGCGCCGGCGUCGCCUGCUGGCGCGCGCUCGCCGCGGGGGUGUUUGUCGUCGCCGUGCCGAAUGCCGUGUGGUGGUGGGACGGCUUGCGCGGGUUUUGUUUGGGAGUGGGGGUCGUGCAGGUGGUGGUGGCGGCCGUGGUGGGGAUGGUGUGGUGGUUGUGGGGGGAGGGGAUAAGGCGGUGGGACGGAAGGGUUAUGGGGUUGGUGGAUCUGGAGGGGUUGAGGAGGGCGGGGAGCUUUUUUGAUUUGGAUUGAGCGAGAGGGGGGGGAUGGGGUUGGUCUUGGGUGUGGUUUGUGAUGAGGUUUUGGGCGGGCGUUUAUGGGUUCAUCGUGGUGUGGUGGGUAACCACUGCUCGACAUGGUCGGUAUUGGAUGGAACUGGACAUGGCUGUGUUCGUUCGUUCUUGGAGGGACAUGAUAUGAUAUGAUAUGAUACCAAUGCCAUUCUUUUCUACACCCUCCAAAGUU